UGCAGUUCUCUUGAAGGCGGACCAAAAACGAAAAAUCUCUCGAAGGCGGCAAUUAAACUUUGUUACGAAAUUCCCGGCAUUCCAGUUUCAAAGAAAGAGAUAGCAAAGCUGCAUAUAAAUUAAUGAUGCCAGGAGGAGGAGGAGCCGGAGGUGUACAAUCUGAGAAAGAAGAGAAAGUUUCAAUGGAGUUAACUGAAGAAAUUUUAAAGAGUAUGGAAGUUGGUUUGGCUUUUAGAGAUUAUAAUGGGAGAAUUAGUUCGAUGGAUUUUCAUAAAGGAUCAAAUUGUCUGGUGACAGCUAGUGACGAUGAAUCCAUUCGCCUUUAUGAUGUUGCUAAUGCCAUGUGUUUGAAGACCAUUAAUAGCAAAAAAUAUGGUGUUGAUCUCGUAUGCUUUGCUUCAAAUGCCACAACAGUUCUAUACUCCUCCAAAAAUGGCUGGGAUGAAUCCUUGCGACUUCUUAACUUGAAUGAUAACAAGUACUUGCGUUACUUCAAAGGCCAUCAUGACAGGGUUGUGUCACUUAACUUCUGCUCACGGAAGGAAUUAUUCAUUUCUGGUUCUCUUGAUAGAACUGUUAUACUUUGGGAUCAGCGGGCCGAGAAGUGCCAGACGGCUCUUUUACAUGUGCAAGGAAGGCCUGCUGUUGCUUAUGAUGAUCAAGGCAUUGUCUUUUCUGUUGCCUUUGGGGGAUACAUAAGAAUGUUUGAUGCGCGCAUGUAUGAUAAGGGUCCUUUUGACAUUUUCUCAGUUGGGGGCGAUAUAUCUGAUGCCUUCGUUGUCAAAUUUAGUAAUGAUGGAACACGUAUGCUUCUGACCACAACAGGCGGGCAUAUUCAUGUACUUGACUCAUUCCGUGGCACACUUCUAUCCACGUACAAUGUCAAGCCAGUUUCAAGCAAUUCCACUUUAGAAGCAUCUUUCAGUCCUGAUGGAGCGUUCGUUGUAUCAGGUUCAGGGCACGGCAGUGUAUAUGCAUGGAGUGUCAGAACUGGAAAAGAAGUUGCUAGUUGGUUGAGUACUGAAGUUGAACCUCCGGUAAUAAAAUGGGUUCCAGGAAGCCUAAUGUUUGCUACUGGAUCUUCUGAACUAUCAUUCUGGAUUCCAGACUUAUCGAAAUUGGGGUGUUAUGUUGGAGCAAAAUAGAUUUGUCCCUCAAGAAGGCUAGCGGCAUCGAAGAAAAGUGUUACUCGGUCACUUGCUUGCAGUUAGUCAGAGGGUAACAUCAUCAUCAUAUAUACAGUAAUUAUGGCAAGAUGUGAAAUUGCUUUACCAGAAAACUGUAUGAUCAUGAUAGAUGGGUUUAUACUUCGAAAUUAACUGCAGAACGGGACCAAAGAAGGGUCUGCAUAAGUGCAGUGAAGGACUUCCCCAAAAUAUCUAGAGUAUCUAAGUUGGAUGGGUUUCAUUUAUUACCAUCCCCACUUUCUCUCUCCAUCUCUCUACCCAACCAUUUCACUUCCAACUCUGCCAUCAAGGGGGGGUUGAUAGGGUUUUAAAGUUUUGGGUUUUUGUUUGCUAUAUAUAUGAAAAUCCAAUAUCAAACCUAAACCCAAAACAAGUUAGAAGUGUGCUUUUUUAUUAU